AUGGGGGAAACAAAGAAAGGAUUUGUAGGAUUAACGAUAUUCGUAAGCCUAGCCGCAAUAGGACUUGUCGUAGCUGCUUUUGUCACAGAGAACUGGGUGUCAGCUUUUGCACAGAAGACAAACAACACUUUUAUUAGAAAUGCUACCGUCGAUACAGACGGAACUCUAAAAUUCACAGGAAAUAUAACUUUCGGAUUAUUUUCAGGAACGAGAUAUGUUAAUUAUGGAGUUGGAGCGAGAAAGCAAACAAUUGAAGUUGUCUGUGAUGGAUCUGCUGGGUAUUGUGUCUUGUACAACACCACCACCCUUGAGAAAAGGAAAAAGCUUGAGAUGGUGAUAGAUGAUUACAACAACGCUUCAGCUGUGUUGGCUCAGUCAUCAGUUAAAGAUGAGCUGUAUGAGUUUGGCCUGUUCCCGUAUGGUUUCUGGGUAGCCACCAUCGUCUUGUCAUCGCUCGGCAUGGCCUGGGGCUUGGUCUCAAUCGGAUUCUCCAUCUUUAACAUCGUUGGCAAACCAAUAGAAACCAUCACAGGCCCAAUGGGCCUUUACCUUUGGAAUGGUUUGGCAUUACUGUUCUCAGCCCUUGGGAUGGUGAUGUACCUGGUAUUGUUUUUCCGUUACUACAAUUACAAUGUCCUACCACUGGAGGAUCGUCUGGCAGACUUCACCACCAAGGACAACGCCAAUCUCGCCUACUCAUUCUACUUACUGGUGACUGCAACUGGGCUCUACUUCAUAAACCUUUUUCUCCUCAUGUUUUCUGGUGUCAGACUCAAGUGUGGCUUCACGCGGGAGGCUGAUAAAGUCAUCGAUAACGGAAUUAUACUGUACUAA